CAGUAAUUUAAAUUUCAUACAAAUAAAUUGAUUUAAAGUUAUCGUAAAUAAAUCUUAAAUCGAGUUCUUUGACAUUUCCCUCUUCUAUGCUGAACUUGCCUAAAACUGCUGACUAUCAGAUCAAUUUGAACGUUGAUCAUUUUGUUUACAACUAGUUAACAAUAAUAAUAAAGCAUCAAACAAUCUAUCAAACAUCUGCGCUGCUGAGACAGCAUAAAAGUUUAUAAGAAAAAGAAAAUUUAUUCGAGAGAUUUUCAUGAAUUUCCUCCCAGGAAAGGUGAACAUGCGCAUUUGCAUUCUCUAAAAUUGUGUAUAAAGGAAGAUUUCAAAGGAGAUUUUGCUAUUACCAAAUUAACAAUCAAGUGCAUUAGUCGUGUUUCAUUUAAAGUGACUGAAGAUAUUUUUAAAAAAUCUAAGUGAGGAUGGAGCCAAUUGAAGAUGAUGACAUUAACAAGCCUUACAAGAUCAAAGACGUCACACGACAAAUUAAGAAAGCAGUUGUCGCUUCAAACCUUGAAGAGCUUCAGAAAAAGUCAGCUGAGAAGUUCGGAAAAACAGAAGUGCCCCAAAUUCAUUUGGACUCAGAUGGAACGGAAAUCGAUGAUGAAGAUUACUUUCAAACCCUUGAGCCUAACACUGAAUUGAUUGCCGUUUUCAGCGGGGAGCAAUGGGUUGAUCCAACGCAUUACCUGACCAUUUCAUCUCACUCAGGCGAUACGAUUGAUUGUGGUGAUGUCGAGAAAGUUCACUUGAAGAAGCUUGUCGGUCAGAUGAAAUCGAACCUUUGCAACAUUUCAAUUCUCAGCGAACCCGACUUGGAACUUUUGUCAAACAUGGAUCCAAACUCUGUCGCAGACAUCACGGGACGGGAUUUUGUCGAGCAGCUUAAGGAAACAUCAGGCAGAAUCCUUACUGAAAAGCGAGAUGCUUAUGACGCAGUUGAGCUGUUGAAAUUAAUUGGUCGCCAUCAGAAUUUCAGUAAGCAGAACAUUGUGGAGCCUCGACCUUUCUCACCUUCAUCAUCGACCACCUCACUCUCGACUAUGAGCAGUUUCUCCAGUAAUAAUCAACAAUAAAUUUCAUCACUGAUGCAACAUCGUUUGAGCGACAUUUUAAAUUGAAAAAAAGUGUGGAAGCAGAUAAUUCAAUUCAAAAAUUUUAAUCUAGAUGUGUAAAUGUGGUUUAUCAUGAAUUUAAAGUUGAUAUGAUGAAUGUUGUUUAUUCAACAUUUUCACGUAGUCAAAGAUAAUUUUUUAUGUUUUUCUAACGCAGUAAAUUCCACAAACAAACAAAGUCUCACCAAAGUGCAUGUGACUAAUUAUAAUUCAUAUGAAUCUCAAUAUAAUAUAAUUAAUUAUCUCAUUUGUUAUUUCUUAGACGUUCAAAAACAUAUUUCAUCGUAAUUCACAUCAAUCAAUUAAUGUGGCAAAAUUAAAUUGAAGGGAAAAAGAAAAACUAAUUUAGCUAAAUUAUGAAUAAAAUUUACGCACGAGACGAAAGUUAUAAUUUGUAGACAUUUAAACAUUGACAUUGAAACCCAAAAUUGUGCCAUCAACAUAUUUAUGAUGAAUCGAGAAGAAAUAUUUAUUUUAUAAUAUGAACAUUGAUUGAAGCUUCCCCAUCUGAAAUAUUAAAUGUCAUCAGACUGAGAACGUGAACGAAACCCUUAAAUGUUAACAAAAUUAAUCAAAUUAAGAAAACGACGAUUCUUCUCCCUCAUCAACAUUAAAUUAGUUAAAUUGCCAUAACACUUACCUUAUCAAACAUCAAAAGCUGCCAAUAAUUAGAAUAAUUUUGUAAAACUUCAAAAGUAGCAUAAAAAUGUUUAGACCGUUUUUUAAAAAAAAACUUUUCUUCCUGCAGAACAAACGAUCAAAAGUUAGUGAAAGUUAGUUUAGGAAUUGAAAAAGUUCGUAAAUAGCAAAUGACAAACACAACCAGUGAAGAGAGAGCAGAAAAAUUGCUUAAACAUGAGAUGAGAUGACACGUUGAGAUACUUUUUCAACACUUAUAUCUGAGAGAGCACCACAAGUGACAUUUUGAAUUAUUAAACAAAACUGAUUUGCCAAACUUGUCAUCAAACUUUAAUGUUUCUCUUUCUUUCACUGGAUGAGUAGCCAAAUUCAAAUUUCCCUUUUUUCUUACAUUUCCUCUGAACAGCAUUACCGAGAAAGAAAAUGACAACACCAAAAUAUAAUAAAAUAUUAAGAUAUUUACUCACGCAUUAGAUAAAUCCUCACAGUAAAUGUCAAAAAAUUAAAAAUGUAGUAGAAAUAAUGUUUUGUGGUUAAUGGAAGGGAAAGAAAACGAAAACUUUAAUGAACGUAAUUUAAUAUGAAAAACUUAUUCCCCAAAGUGUCUCGUUUCCCUCGAAAGUCAUUAAAUUUUAUGAAACAAAAGAAACAUUUUUAAAAAGGCGUUAAAUAAGUGACGAAGUUAUUAAUAAGCUCGGUAUGUUUGUGAAGUAAUUAUUUACAUAGAUGAGAUUAUAACAUAAAAAGGUACUGAAGCGAUGGUGAGAGUAAAUAUAAUCUUUUAAUUACAUUUUUAAUAAUUCUAGCACGGUUAAACGAUUAAGUAUUAAUGUAAUCAUGAAUAUUCAAGUUCACAUUAAUUAAAAUUUUCGUUCAAAACUUUCAAACAUUCUCAACAAUGGGGAGAAAGUCGAAUAAGCUUUUCGUUAAUAAAAGAAUAAAACUACAAUAUGUGCUGAAUGUUAUGGAAUGAAAAGAUAAAUUUGUUACUCUUUUGAAACCUUGAAGAGCCCCAUUUUUAAAAUGAAUCAUUCCGAUAAAAUGACAUAAAAUUACAACAGCACAACUCGUCAUAACAAAUGAAAUGUUUCAAUAAAAGAAAAAAAUUAUUCCAUUUUUGAAGAAAUC